AGUCUAUAGUCUCCGCCCGCAGCACAUUCCAGCAGCACUGGCCAGGAUAGGAGUUGUAGCGUGAUAGAUGCCGGGGCCGCCCGCUGUGAAGUGGAAUAUUGCGGAGUUCACUGGAAAUACAAAAAAGGAUAAUUAGAUGGCUUGCUUGAACAAUUUAAACCAGGCCAGUCCAGUUCUUCUGUGUGCACUGGAAGGAAAUGUGCAAGGCCUACAGUCCAUCUUUGAAGAUCCAGCUGAUGUUCAACAUGAGCGAGGAAACAAGCUGCUUCUAGAGGAAGAUCUACUUGGGAGGAACCCCCUAUUUGUAGCCUGCAUUCUUGGUCGCACUGAAGUUGUGAAAGAAUUGGCUAAAUAUGGAGCAAAUAUUAAUCAACAAACAGCUCGAGGAUAUUCGACACUACAUUGUGCUGCAGCAUGGGGUCAUUUGGAGGUACUAAAGACUCUCGUAGAGUUGGGAGGUGACAUCUUGCUAUUGAACUUCCGUGGUGAAAAGGCUUAUGACAUAGCCCUAAGAUACAACAAGACAGAGGGUGCUGACUUCCUGAAAUGGGCUGAAGCUAGACUGGCCUUGAAGUCAUACAUAAACUUCAUACAACAUACCAUAUCAGACCCUGAGAAGGUUCAAGGAAAACUACAUAAAGAAGAUAAGCACCUGGCUACCACUGCUUGUAAGGCAAAGAAUGAAUGGUUACUGAAUAGCAAGAGUCCAACAACACAAGACUUUGUGGAUCAGAAGCUACAGCUGGAAAGCUUAAUGCAGCCCAUAUUCACAAAGCUGAACACACCACGGGCAGAGACUGGAAAAGUAAAACACUGACAUCGUCGAAGCCAUUAUCAGUUUAAACGUAUCUUUAAGUUUAUAUUGUAUUUGAUGCAGUUUUUACAUAAUGAUAAGUUCAGCAAAAUGAUUUUGUAUCAAGUUGGGUGCCGGUUUAAACCUGUCUGACUUGUAACACAUCAUUAACUAGUUAUCCUUGCAAAGAUCAAGACCUGAUUGUACGUCACAUGCAAAUCCAAAAGUGGACGCAGCUGGAGAUUUCUAUCACAUUGUACCAUGCAUACGCACUUUAUCCUGGGCACUGUACUCUACCAGUUCUUUAUGUGAAAUGAUUUCUGGGUGACACAGCACGAGAUCCGUUUUGUGGGAGAGUAGCCAGACUUCAUUCUUGAAGCGUUCAGGUGACAAAAGAACCCCUGUUUCUGACACAUCUUUUGCACAUAGCAAGGUUUGGUGUUAGUGCAGAUAUAUGUUGGCAGUUGCAGACAGAAAAACAGUGAGCAGUGUGACAAUACUCAUAAUGCCUUGUGGAUUUUGCAUUGACAUAAUGUAGUAUAUCUGGCCGCUUAUAUUCAUGAGAACCAAACCAGGCCCUUUCUGAGAAUCAGAUGUCAACUUUGUGAAUAAAGAAU